GACACACGUGCAAAGAGCCAAUCACGGCCAGGGACGCGUCUAGAGGCAAACCUUUCUACCCAAACUACGAUGACUGCUAUUUCUCCAGAGCCAGCUGCUGGCCCAAGUUACGACACCUAUCUGGACACUGUCGAGGGAGAAAUAAACUUCUUUCGUUCUCUGAUGAGGACAAGGCCGGUGGGCAUUAACUGCCACUUCCAUGUCAUGGCUAUGCGAUUCUCAAUUCACCAAGACUCGGGCCAGUGGGUAUCAAUAGAGGGGAUCUGGACUAAGCUGAGGUCGUUGUACGAUAUUGAUGCUCUUAAUGCUAUAGAUGUCGAGAUAGACGGAUAUCAAUCGCCCAAAUCUAAUAGCUCGACACCAAUCCCCAUUCCAUCUCCAAAACCUGGUGAUGACUUCACGAACCACCCCUUCUUUAAAGAGGAAUAUUCUCUUCCUUAUGAUGAAUAUAUCGAAAAUCUGAUUGCUACGCGUCGCAUGCGCGCCACACCAUCGGUUGCAUCUCCGACGCCUUCUCCUACCGCCCAGAAAAAAACAAAAGUUAGACGGAAAGGAAAGACGACAAAGUCACAGGCCAACUAUGCGGGUCUUGUGGGAGGUGAUAGCGACAGUAGUGCGCUGACACAGGAGAGUGGCGAUGAGGGUGCUCCAACUCCAAGGGAAAGCGUCGUCACUGCAACUGAUGGAGGAACGGAGGAUGUUGAAGAUGAGGACAUGGAAAUGCAUGAGCCAUCUCCAGCUCCCUCUACCACGACAAAAGGGACGAAACCAAAAGCCAAAUCUGCAACAGCAGCGGCAAAACGGGCCGCUUCUGCAGCGAGGGCCCGUGCGGCUCAAGCAGCCCAACGCGCGAACAAGGCCAAGAAGAAAAAGUAGCGCAACCACGCAUGCCUUUCGACUUCACGGCUCUUUUACGUUGCGUCGAGGCGAAGCUGUCUUUAAGCGUCCUUUCUUAGGGAUAAGGGAAGGGCAAUAGCUUGAACAGUGAUAGCCUUUUUCUCUAAUGCCAGUAAACAGCAUUGCCGUAUCACCUUUAAUCAUGUUUGUAUGCCUUUGCCUCGUGCUGUUCAAGUUGUGUGUUAAAUGUAGCGCAACGAUUGUCCGUACGAUUCAGAUUCAGACAGCUCUUCCAGAC